CAGUGGGAACUGUGGGAAUCAUUGCGGUUGUAGAAGUCGGGAAGGUCCUUCGUUCCUCCCACCCCCUACAAGAUACAGAACCCCUGCCGAUACAUGGCAUUUCCCUGCAACGGCUUCUGUGCUCGCCGCCGCCGCCGAGACUUAGAAUAAGCUCACCCUUCCACCUGGGAGGCAUUUGGGUGAUACAGUCAUCAGCCUUGCUGUUCUCAGUGGAUAAAAUGAGUUGAAGGCAAGGAUUAUUGAUUAUUAGGCUUCUGUCAUACCUCUGUUUUAUCACAGGGGCACAGCAAUAAUUUGAAGACUUCUCUUUGCAGUGCAUGGACACAAAACCAAUGCGCAGGUGUACUAGUAACCGAGCAGGUGAAACCGGAAUGGACGUAACAAGCCGUUGCACUCUUGGAGAUCCCAACAAACUACCAGAAGGAGUGCCACAACCUGCUCGCAUGCCUUACAUCUCAGACAAGCACCCUCGCCAAACACUGGAGGUUAUCAACUUGUUGCGUAAGCACCGGGAGCUGUGUGAUGUGGUGCUGGUUGUGGGGGCCAAAAAGAUCUAUGCCCACCGGGUCAUCCUAUCAGCCUGCAGCCCCUACUUCCGAGCUAUGUUCACGGGAGAACUUGCAGAGAGCCGGCAGACUGAGGUGGUGAUCAGAGACAUUGAUGAAAGGGCCAUGGAACUGCUGAUUGACUUUGCAUACACUUCCCAAAUUACAGUAGAAGAAGGCAAUGUUCAGACCUUACUGCCAGCUGCCUGCCUCCUCCAACUAGCUGAGAUCCAAGAAGCCUGCUGUGAGUUUCUGAAAAGACAGUUGGAUCCUUCCAACUGCCUUGGCAUCCGGGCAUUUGCUGAUACUCAUUCUUGCCGUGAACUUCUUAGAAUUGCUGAUAAAUUCACUCAACAUAAUUUUCAAGAGGUGAUGGAAAGUGAGGAAUUCAUGCUGCUUCCAGCCAAUCAGCUUAUUGACAUCAUUUCCAGUGAUGAACUCAACGUCCGGAGCGAAGAGCAGGUGUUCAAUGCAGUAAUGGCUUGGGUCAAAUACAGCAUUCAAGAAAGGCGACCUCAGCUUCCUCAGGUAUUGCAACAUGUCCGCCUGCCACUGCUUAGUCCAAAGUUCUUGGUAGGCACAGUUGGCUCUGAUCCACUCAUUAAAAGUGAUGAAGAAUGUAGGGAUUUAGUAGAUGAAGCUAAGAACUACCUGCUGUUGCCCCAAGAACGACCACUGAUGCAGGGUCCCAGAACUCGACCACGCAAACCCAUCCGUUGUGGAGAAGUACUCUUUGCAGUGGGUGGCUGGUGUAGCGGAGAUGCAAUUUCCAGUGUUGAGCGCUAUGAUCCUCAAACAAAUGAGUGGCGGAUGGUGGCUUCCAUGAGCAAAAGACGAUGUGGUGUUGGAGUUAGUGUCUUGGAUGAUCUUCUUUAUGCAGUAGGAGGACAUGAUGGUUCUUCCUAUCUAAAUAGUGUAGAAAGGUAUGAUCCAAAGACCAAUCAGUGGAGCAGCGAUGUGGCACCUACCAGCACCUGCAGAACCAGUGUUGGAGUGGCAGUACUUGGUGGAUAUCUGUAUGCUGUAGGUGGCCAGGAUGGUGUUUCCUGUCUCAACAUUGUUGAAAGGUAUGAUCCAAAAGAAAACAAAUGGACUCGUGUAGCUUCCAUGAGUACUAGGCGACUUGGGGUAGCUGUGGCUGUGUUAGGGGGCUUCCUGUAUGCUGUUGGAGGCUCUGAUGGGACAUCACCUCUAAACACAGUGGAACGCUACAACCCCCAGGAGAAUCGCUGGCAUACAAUUGCACCUAUGGGCACUCGACGUAAGCACCUAGGGUGUGCCGUGUAUCAAGAUAUGAUCUAUGCUGUGGGAGGCAGAGAUGAUACUACCGAACUUAGCAGUGCUGAGAGAUAUAACCCCAGAACGAACCAGUGGUCCCCUGUAGUAGCUAUGACAUCACGCCGUAGUGGGGUUGGACUUGCUGUGGUGAAUGGACAGCUAAUGGCUGUAGGAGGCUUUGAUGGCACAACAUACUUGAAGACAAUUGAGGUAUUUGAUCCGGAUGCCAACACAUGGAGGCUGUAUGGAGGAAUGAACUACCGUCGGCUUGGAGGAGGUGUGGGGGUAAUCAAAAUGACACAUUGCGAAUCCCAUAUAUGGUAAAAAGCCAAAGGGAAAAAUUUGUCUGUUUACUCAUUCCACCUGAAACGUUUGAGCUAGGUGACUUAAGAGCCCUUCAAGACUCUAGUGAAAUGAGAUCACACUUAAGUUCUUCGCUGUGCCUCUUCCUUUGGAACUAUAGUGGGUAUUCCAAACAUUUGCCCUCUUCUCUACUACAAUUAAGGAAGAUUAUGCUAACCAACUGCAGAAAACUACCUGGAACAAUAAUUUUGGAACGGUAAUUUCCUUGUCUUUGUCUCUCUAUCCUAAUGUAAUUAUCUUUCUGAUGGAACUGGAAUCUUUACUCCAAGCAUUAUCUAAGAUCCCAGAUAUAUGUGACUUCUUUCAAAGAGGUGAGCCCCUGUAAGAGUUGGACAAGGCCUCUCUUCAGCUGAAAGAGCAACGUUGCUCUAAAAAUUAUUUGCCUUGUUCAGAGAGGAUAUAAUAAAGCCAUAGGAUCCUCUGCAUCUGACUCGUUGUAAAGAAAGUGGCAUACAGCCUUUUCAUUUCGGAGGAUAAGUGAUAGAUUUUGUUUAAAAUAAUACAUUAUACUGAGUGUAUAGAACAAAAACACUUUCUUAAAACUGAGACUUGCUCCAUUUAUAUAUAUAUAAGCACACAGGUAUUAAUUAAGGACAUCAGUGUUACUCAGAAAACUGCAACAAUAAGAACAAAGUAUUGCAAACUCAUGAUCUAAUUACUGGAACAAGAAAUAGAAAUAUGGAACUUUUAGCACAAUUUAUUAGAUGGUUUCCAAGAAACUAAAUAGAAGCGAUUGAAGAACCCAGAUCUUUUAUUCUAGUGCCGUUAAUUUCACUGAAAUUUGUGCACGACCUUUAGAUGCAUUUCACUAUUGGCAUAGUGGGGACAUAUCUCUAAUACACAAACACAAAUCUGGGCUGUAAUCUUGCAGUAUGGAUUAAAGAAAGGGAAAAAGUAUCCUCAGAAGUAGUUAAUCUAUUUUAUUUCCUAUUCCUACUUUAGAGCAUUGCCUCAGGUACUCUGCUUACUCUGGUUUAAAUGUCUGAAUUUCUGGAUUCCAAGGCAUCAGAAGGCCAGCCUUACUAUGCUUCUGAAAGAAGUGAUUAGAACAUUAGGACUUUCAGUUUAGCUUUCCAUAUUUAUCCUUAAGAUGUAGUUUUAUGCUGUUGAAGGGGUCUAGACCAGUUUAUGGAAAUUGGAUUGUAAAAAUGUAUUUAUUACAACAAUGCCAGCAUUGUAGCUGAAUCAGGCAGUUUAGGAAGAAAGGAUAGGUGUGUAUGGCUUACAUCUGAGUUAGGUGAUCACAAUCCUUAAUUUCACAGGGCCGUGACACUGGCCAGUUCCUGUAAUUCCAAAAGCUGCAGAAGAGUUGAUAAUCUGCUUUGAUGUUGGUGGAUUAUAACCAGUGGAAAGAACAAGUGAGACUAAAGUGUCCUGCUUUCACCUUUAUAAGAAAUAACUUUGUUUAUAAAUUCAAGCAUCUUCAGUGUCUACUAUAUCUAUUCAUAGAUUGGGGUGGGGUGGAGAAUCACAAGUCAAUUUUUAGGAGAUGUUACUUGAGAUGAUAAAAUCUUUUGCCCUAAAGGUUGGCAUUCUUGUGUUUACAUAUUGAACAUUUGCACCUUUAUGGAUAAAAAGUAUUCUGUAAACAAUUGUUUACGUAUCAUUUAUGCUUUUUCUAGCAUGUUAACUUGUAUAAAUAGUGUUACUAAAUAAAACCUGUGUGUGUAUUCUGUUCUCUCAUGACGCCUAUAUUUGCCCA